AUGUCUGAUCUCUGUCCAGUAUAUGCUCCAUUCUUUGGCUCCAUUGGUUGUGCCGCAGCCAUUGUCUUCACCUGUUUUGGUGCCUCCUACGGUACCGCAAAGUCCGGGGUUGGUAUUUGUGCAACUUGUGUUCUUAGACCAGACUUGUUGAUCAAAAACACCGUUCCUGUCAUUAUGGCGGGUAUUAUCGCAAUUUACGGGUUGGUUGUCUCUGUGCUUAUUUCUUCCUCAUUGAAGCAACAACAAGCAUUGUACACCGGUUUCAUUCAAUUGGGUGCUGGUUUAUCAGUCGGUUUGGCUGGUUUGGCUGCGGGUUUUGCAAUUGGUAUUGUCGGUGAUGCCGGUGUGAGAGGUACAGCUCAACAGCCAAGAUUGUUCGUUGGUAUGAUUUUAAUUUUGAUUUUCGCAGAAGUUUUAGGUUUGUACGGCUUGAUUGUUGCAUUGUUGAUGAACUCCAGAGCAACCCAAGAUGUUGUUUGUUAA